AUGGAAACUAAAAAGCUAUUACAACGAACAUCAUCUGGAACAUUUGAUAUUUCACUACUACGUGCUGGCUCAUUUGUUAAAAGACACAAAGUGUACCGUUAUUUAGAGAAGGAACAACAAACUGGAAAGGAGAAUAUGAAUGAUAUAGAAACAAUCAAAUUGUUUAACUCUGAUCCAUUGCCAUCAAGAAUCAAUCAUAAGUCAGCUCAUGAAAUUUGCUCAAAAAAGAAUGCAUGUGUUAAGAAAUUUCGUCAAAUAGAAACAAGAAUCAGGGUAUCAGAGCAAUAUAAGAUGCUUACAUGUAUUGUACAAAAAAGUAUGUCAACUAUAAUGACAGCAUUAUUCUGCUUUUUAUAUGAUGAAAAGAGAUUUGAAUCAAAAAGCAGCGGAUUCUUUACUGAAUGGAGCAAAUAUAGGUUAUGUCAAGGAAUGAAUGAGUAUAAUGAUUUAAGAAAAACACGUCAAUUGUUAAACAUCACUCGACCAGAUAGGGCGUGGUCGUUUGUUAUGUUGACUCGCGAUCCUAUUGAGCGUUUUAUCAGUGGUUAUGUAGACAAAUGCAUAAGAAAGCCAUGGGGCCAUUUGCCGUGCAACGGAUGUCAUAAGAAUAUGACAUGCUUCAUUGAAAGAGAAUAUGAAAAAAUGCUUAAAGCAUCUCAAAUAACUCGACCAAAAGCGUCAUUUGAAGAUAAGCACUUCUUCCCUCAGAACUGGAGAUGUAACUUAAAAACUGAUUAUAAGAGUUACAAAUUUAUAAAAUAUUCAAGUUCAGAUGUUGAUGGAUUUCUCGAUAAAUUCAUUCCAAUGGCGAUCGAUCAAAGAGUUCCAAAUAACUCUAUAAUGUAUAUAAGUAACCAAAUGAAUACAAAUCGAACUGUACAUAGUACUGUUGCCUCGACAACACGCCAAUACUUGGAGAAUCGUCUUCGUUCAUCUCCUUAUCUCAUGGAAUAUAUUGUUCGGAUGUUCUACUAUGAUUUUUUACUUUUUAAUUACUCAUUUCCAACCGGUUUCUGA